AGUAAUGAAAAUUAUGAUUAAAGAAGCAAACAUUGGCUUCGUCUAGUCGGUAUGUAUAUUAAGUAAUUUGUUGAAAAUAUGAUAUAUUUAAAGAUUAUAUAUAGGUAGGAAAAGAAGUUUACAUACCUGUGAUUUAGUUUAUCACACAUUAAUCGAAUGUCAUAGCGUAAUUUCGCAAUUUUGCACAUUAUUAACAAUCGUCUCCCCUGGCAACAUCUCUAUCAGCAAGACAUUGAUAUAUCAUUCCUUAUUCUAAGACACAUCGCAAACAUCGAGUAGGUUGUCCUAACUUAACUCAUUGCGUGUUUGUUAAAAGAGAUAAAAAAGGUAAAAUGAUGUCGAGUACGAUGGAAUGCGAUGGUUCCAACACUUUGACCGCACCGACAUCGUCCGGAAUGGAAACUGCUGAUUCAAAAUUGAUGCCUCCACCAGCGAUUCCAGUACUUUCACCUCCUAAUGUGGAAAAAACUUAUUGCACCCUUGCAAAUUUUACAAUUGAAAAGAAGAUAGGACGAGGACAAUUUAGCGUGGUUCAUAAAGCUGUCUGCAACGUGGAUAAUCGAAAAGUCGCACUUAAGAAAGUGCAGGUUCGAAAUUAUAAGUUGACGAUGGCGGAAAUUCAGAGCGAUUUACUUGCCGCACCUAAUCCAGAUAAUCCUGUUGGUUGUUUAGCCAACAUCGAGAUUGAGAGGAAAAUCGGUAGAGGACAAUUUUCCGAGGUUUUCAAAGCAAAGAGCCUACGUGAAAGUAGUGUUGUGGCUUUGAAAAAAGUUAAGAUAUUUGAAAUGGUAGAUGCGAAAGCCAGACAGGAUUGUAUUAACGAAAUUGAUCUUCUUAAGAAUCUGGAUCAUCCGAAUGUUAUCAAAUACAUUGCUUCCUUUAUCGAAAAUAACGAGUUGAAUAUUGUUUUAGAAUUAGCAGCUGCUGGUGAUCUUUCCCGUAUGAUCAAACAUUUUCGAAAACAAAAUCGUCUAAUACCUGAGAAAACCAUAUGGCGAUAUUUUGUUCAAAUCUGUGCCGGUCUAGAGCACAUGCAUUUAAGACGUAUAAUGCAUCGAGAUAUUAAACCAGCUAACGUGUUCAUAACGGAAGGUGGUAUUGUUAAAUUAGGAGAUUUAGGUUUGGGGCGAUUUUUCGGUUCAAGCACUUUUGAGGCCAGGUCUUUAGUUGGAACCCCUUAUUAUAUGUCUCCAGAACGUAUUCAUGAGAAUGGGUACAAUUUCAAGUCGGAUAUUUGGUCACUUGGAUGUUUACUGUAUGAAAUGGCUGCCCUACAAUCGCCAUUCUAUGGUGAUCAAAUGAAUUUGUAUGCUCUAUGCCAGAAAAUUGAAAAUUGUGAUUAUCCACCGCUCCCGUCUGACUACUUUUCAGAUGAUCUUCGUCAAUUGGUGGUCCAAUGCAUCAAUCCUAAGCCAGAGUGCAGACCUGAUAUUGAGUAUGUGAAUAAAGUCGCCGUAUUGAUGCAUCAACAAACCAGACCUGCCUCUGGAAAUCAGCAGUCUAAUACUUAA